UUAAUGGAUUUCACAAUCCCUUUGCUGAUUGGCAAUAGUCGUUUGAUGCUUCGUUAUCCCGAGAAGGAGAGUCGCCUAGUUGCUGUUGUACAACCCUUUUCGUUGUUGACUUGGGCGUGUUUGUUUAUAACUUUUGUAGCUAUGAUUGGAACAUUGGCCAUCUUCAGUCGAUAUCAAAAUACUCGCAAUUCCAGCUCAGUCUCAACGUCAUUUUGGGAAAUUCUGGGACGCAAUACACUUACAACCCUAGGGCUUCUAACUGGACAAGGUUUCUACAUCCCGCAAAAUCUCCGACUCCACAUCCGAAUUCCGAUCGCUCUUUGGUGUCUGGUUGCGGUCGUCAUCUGCAACGCUUACAGCGGCACUCUGACCUCAUUCCUGACGGUUACCAAAAUGAAACCAAUUAUAAACUCUCUAGAAGAGCUGGCGAGCAGCGACCACUACAAAUUGACAGCGGAAUACAAUAGCGCCUUCAACGACAAAUUUCUGGUAUCAAAACCAAUUGGUUGUCUUUCAACAAUAUUGAUGAUUUUCUCUGUUUUUCCAUUCAACAUUUUAGAAGGCUAA